UUCAUUUCACUUGAAUUCCACGCUAAACCACAGUUCGUUUCACACCAUGAAGAGAGGUUUUCGAGAAGCAACGGAGCUCGAUAGCUUAACCAUGGCCAACUGCUUGAUGUUACUUUCACAUGGACGAGACCUGGAAGCCAUGGUUAACAGCAUGCCUUCAACCACAAGCCGCGUCUUCGAGUGCAAGACCUGUAACCGGCAGUUCCCGUCGUUUCAAGCCCUGGGAGGCCACCGGGCGAGUCACAAGAAGCCGCGGUUGAUGGAGGGAAACCUCGAGAGCCAGUCGCCGGUUAAACCCAAAACGCACGAGUGCUCAAUAUGCGGCCUCGAGUUCGCCAUCGGCCAAGCCUUGGGCGGUCACAUGAGGAGACAUAGAGCCGGCGGGUUGAAUAAUGAGAAUCUCCAGCCGGCUUUGAAUUUCAGUGGUGAAGUUUCUGAUGGCCAUGGCGAUGUGGGAGUCCUGAAGAAAGGUAAUAGCAGAAGGGUUUUGUGUUUGGAUUUGAACUUGACUCCACAUGAGAAUGAUUUGGAGUUGUUUAAACUCGGUAACAAAUCAGCUCCCAUGGUUGAUUGCUUCUUGUAAAUUGUUCAUUAGCCUUAUUAGUUAUUACAAUAUAGGAUUUUUUUUUUUUUUUUUGUUUUCCCACUUUCUUUUGUUUUGUUUUUACAAAUUUUCUGGGUUACCUUUGGUGUUGAUAUAUA